AUGUAUGCUCCUCCCACCGGGACGAGUCGCCCCAAGGCUCCUCACUACAAGAGAGACCUGGUCGGCUACGGUCGCUACCCACCAGAUCCCAAGUGGCCGGGAGGCGCUCGGGUUGCAGUUCAGCUUGUGAUCAACUACGAGGAGGGAUCAGAGAACUGUGUCUUGGACGGCGACGGUCAGUCAGAGCAUCUCCUCAGCGAGAUCGUCGGAGCUCAGCCGUACAAGGGGGUGCGGCAUGUCAACAUGGAGUCCAUGUACGAGUAUGGCUCCCGUGCUGGGUUCUGGAGACUGUUCCGGAUGUUCACAGAGCGGAGCAUCCCUUGCACGGUAUACGCCUGCGCCCUUGCGCUGGAGCGCAACCCUGAAGCCGCGCAAGCCAUGGUGGAGGCGGGCUGGGAGGUCGCCUCGCACGGCUAUCGCUGGUGGGACUACCAGUACGUCGACGAAGCGACCGAGAAGGAACACAUCAAGCUUGCUGUCGAGGUCCAGCAGAAGACCAUCGGGCAGCGUCCCCUCGGGAUCUACCAGGGGAAGCCCAACGAGAACACGCUCAAGCUGGUGGUGGAGGAGGGGGGAUUCCUCUACAACUCCGACUCUUACGCCGACGACCUUCCGUACUGGAAUACUCAGAUGGAGAGGCUUCUAACCCGAUGGCAGGACAUGAGGUUUUCUCAAGCACUGGAGGGAGAUCGCUUCUUCAACUACCUCAAGGAUGCCUUCGACGUCCUCUAUGCGGAAGGAGAGAAGAGCCCGAAGAUGAUGUCUGUCGGCCUCCACUGCCGCGUCAUCGGACGUCCUGGAAGGGCUCUCGGUCUCGCCAAGUUCCUCGACUACAUCAAGUCCAAGGAGAAGGUCUGGAUCUGCAGGAGGAUCGACAUCUGCAACCAUUGGUACCAGCACCACAAGCCCAUCUCUGCGAAGCUGUAA